AUGGCGUCAAAUCAGACCAACCGCAACAAAGUCUUUCCAGGAGGCAUUCACGUUCCCUGUCUUACCUUCUUUCAAAAUAAUCCGCGACAGGACAUUGACUGGGACGUACAAGAGAAGCAUCUCUCAUUUCUUAUCCAGUCCGGUCUCCACGGAAUCGUCCUCGCCGGCUCCAACGGCGAAGCAGUCACACUCUCAACCGCCGAAAAGACCUCACUCGUCCAAUUAACCCGAAACUCCGCAGCUCGCCUCAACCGCCCAGACGUAACCAUCACCCUCGGCUGCGGCGGCCAAUCCACCCACCAUGUCAUCGACGAGACCAUCGCAACCCAUCAAGCCGGCGCCGAUUUCGCCAUGGUCCUAGUACCGAGCUACUACCACUUCGCCAUGGACUCCGCCGCCAUCGUGUCCUUCUUCGAAGAAGUCGCCGACCACAGCCCCAUUCCCGUUAUGGUGUACAAUUACCCGGGUGUAGCGGCAGGGCUGGACGUCGACUCUGACAUGCUGGUGAAGCUGAGCGCGCAUCCGAAUAUCUCGGGGGCCAAGUUGACGUGUGGCGGUAUUGGAAAAGUCCCCCGUGUGACGGCCAAUGCGGCGAGACCGUUCAGCGUGCUCGGCGGGCAGAUUGACUGGAUGGGCCCAGCGAUGGCCGUUGGUGCUGUCGGAGCGAUUACGGGAAUGGCGAAUCUGCACCCGAGGGCGUGUGUGGAGCUGUACAAUCUCUACAAGGCUGGUAAGGUCCAGGAAGCAACCGAGCUCCAGUUGAAGGCUGCCACGUCGGAAUGGGCCUUUGCAAAGGGAGGAAUCAACGGGAGCAAAUGGGUCGUCGCCAAAUUGCUUGGUUAUCCCGAUGACAGCGCCGCUUGUCGAAGACCAUAUCCUCUCUUCGCGGAUGCAGCCAAACAAGAAUGGAUGCUCGAGCUAGCCGGGAAGCUGAAGCCAGUCGAGGAGGCGCUGAUCAAACGUUCAACAUAG